GGGUCGGAUCCAGUUAUAUUCCCAAGCAAAAGUACACAACCCCUUGUUUUCGCACGGCGUCCCCUCUGAUUUUCUAGCUUCUCCGUGAACCCUAGAGCAUCAUAAGUCGGUGCAGGUUUCUAACGUAUUAAAAGCUUCUUGUUGCUAUCAUGGCCAAACAUCAUCCUGAUUUGAUUAUGUGCCGGAAACAGCCAGGAAUUGCCAUUGGACGACUUUGUGAGAAAUGUGAUGGAAAGUGUGUAAUCUGCGACUCCUAUGUGCGACCGUGCACUCUUGUCCGAAUUUGUGAUGAAUGCAAUUACGGGUCAUUCCAGGGCCGAUGUGUCAUCUGUGGAGGAGUGGGAAUCUCUGAUGCUUAUUAUUGCAAAGAGUGUACGCAGCAGGAGAAGGAUAGAGAUGGAUGUCCAAAGAUUGUUAAUCUAGGGAGUGCCAAAACUGAUCUCUUCUAUGAAAGGAAAAAGUAUGGUUUUAAGAAAAGAUGACGCGGAACUCUCUCUUGGUCCUUGUUUGUAUACUUGGAUGCGGCCCGCUUUAAACUUGUCAAAGCUAUGUUUUAGAUAAUUGAAUUUGUAUCUGACAAUCAAUGUUAGAAACACUUGUUAUUUGUAAUAAAACAGCCUUUAGCUACCUACUGUCUA